GUAACCAGGAAGAAUGUGCUGAGCAGCUCAGAGUGUACUUUAACUCCACGUUGUGUGGUAAUUCAGUGAGAUUUGUAAUGUUCUGGGCACAGUGGAGUUCCUUUAUUCACACUUGCGUUAAUUGUGACAUUUUAAAAGAGGAGGCUGCUGAACAUCCACUUCUGCAAAAAUUAAAAUUACAGUGCUCAUUCUCAAUCGGUUGGUGCUAUUCUAGCCUCCUGAUGUCUUAAUUUGACUAAAACAUCCAAUUCAAACCGUUCAACCAGUGCCUUUCACUGAAAGAGUGGGAACGAGAAUAUCAGACACAACCAUGUUUGGACAGUAGAUUUCUGCUGACCAGAACUAAAGUUUCAAAAGGAAAUGUCCCAGUCUGCCUUGAGGAUUAAAAUGGCUGCUGUGUUUUAACAUUGUGGCAAAGAGAGAGUGCUCUGUUCAGCACCAGAUGGCUCGCUUCUUCAGACGGCUCAUAGACUUCAAGAGGAACAGGAACUCCAGUCCCAACUCCAGGCUGAAUCCAUGCUCCAGCCCCCAGACAAGUGACAGGACAAAAAGCCCCUGUGAAGACCCAAGAUCCUGCAGUCCCUCACUGCCCACAAGCCUACUGUCAUCACGGAAACUUGACAGCAGCGCCCGAUGGAGUAAAGAGUAUGAUGUGUGUGUCUGUCACACUGAGGAUGAUAUAAUGUAUGUUCAGGACCUUGUGUCUUUCCUCGAAUUGCAUCCUCACAGUCUGCGCUGCUUCCUGCAGCUCAGGGACGCCACUCCAGGGGGUGCUGUCUGCACCGAGCUUUGCCAAGCUGUCAGGGAGAGCCAUUGCUGGGUGUUGGUCAUCACACCCAGCUUUCUUAAAGACCCAUGGUGCAGGUACCAGAUGCAACAGGCACUGUCUGAAUCGCCCACGGCCAAUGGACGGAUCAUUCCAGUCCGUAAGCAACUGGAACGGAAGGAUUACCCACUGGAACUUCGCUUUAUGUUUGGUAUUGAUGUCAGGCAGGACAAAGAGAAUGGAUUCCAAAAGAUCAAGUGUGCUAUAAUGCAUUAUCUCGAGGAACUCAGUAGGACGGAGAGUGACUACAGACCCAGAGCACAAGAUGACCCAGAGUUCAAUAUGGAUACUGCCAGUGGAACACUAAACUCAAGUGGGAAUUGUUGAGCGACUAAAGGACAAUGCUGACUGAAAUCUGCUGUUGAGGAGAUGGGAUAUUGAAAAUGAAGUUAUUCUUGACUGAACCAAUACUUAGGGGCAACAUUGAAAACUGUUUGUUUAUGUAAUAGUCUAGGUAACUUUUCUUGUUCUUGUAUAUGCAUCUGUCUCUGUCAUUGGUGUGGUGUGUGUAUUGGCAGUGUUGUCCCCUGUUACUUUCCCAGGGAUGGAAAUCUGUCCCCAAAGGACAGUCAGAUGAAAACUGACAUUAAACUGACAUGGUUCGA